AUGACACCAAGUCACGACAAGUUUCAUGGAAAAAUACUGGCCCAUAGCAUCAAGCAAGUACUUCAAGCUUUAGAGGAAAGGAGAGUCAAGAAAGGUGUAAACCUUACUUCAAUCCCAUCCGUUUUAGAGGAAAUGAUUUUUUUGGGAAUCAAGGAUCCAGUGUGCCAACAACGAGGUCAUCUCAACCGUUACUGCCUACUGACCAGGGGGAGAUUUCGUGGGAAUAAUGGCAAAAGCCAAACCCGCAGUGAAGGGAAUGAACAUGGUCAAAGCAAUGUUGGUAGCCGUAAUUCCAAUGGACUUCCUAAAGUCUCCUCUAGACGACCAAAUGGGCAGAGUGCUUACUAUGAAUGGUUAGGAGAGUACGUAAAUGAUAGGAUCAUGCAUCAUGCACAUAAGGAAGAAGGCAGGAUCAAGACUAUAGUUGGCACAACUAUGGGACACUUUGUGUUAGGUUCAAUGACGAACCUUGAGGGUGGCAAAAGGGGGGAUGACCCAAUGGCGACUACCCCAGCUCCUAUAGACACUGAUGCCCCCAUCCCUCCGCCUAUCCCAAAUAGUACCCUUGACUCCCAUAUACCUUGGCCUUCUUCCCCUCCUCUUGUUGAACCUGAGUGUAUUGAUAUUCAGGUAAUUGAGUCAUCUGUUAGACCUUGUCCUCCUACUCCACCUCGCCAACUGUCACCCAUCAACGAAGACGGAUCUUCACAUCGCAGCCCUUCACCACCUUUUUCCUCUCCACUCUCCCGUAUACCCCCACUUACUCCUAGUUGGCUGAAAGAUGUAGAUGAGAAUCUGCCUAGUUUGCCUAUUGAUCCUAACACGACACUCUCCUCGUCACCAAACUCUAAACCCUCAGAGGAAUAUACCCCUCUGGAAUGA